AUGACGAUGCAUUUCAUGGAAGCCAUGCCCGAGUCGCAUCAGGCAGGAGCAAACAGCGACGAUGGGGACCCCUCGCUGGAUGAGGGAGGCACGAUAGAAGACAUGUUUGGCUUCGGGCCAGUCCAUCCAUCCUAUGUCACAUACAACGCUUUCGACAUGUUUGCAGGCUCCAGCAUACCUCAGCACCACACAUCCACUACACACUUCAUUGCGCCGGUCACCAUAGCAGGCAACCUGCCAUACGGUACUGACCUAUUACUUGAGCCACCGCCAACACUCAACGAACCGCACCUGAGUAUACAGGACCGGGCGGCCUUUUGCCCCAUUACGUCCUACUUCCACCGCUUCUACGGGCAGUGGAAGCCCGGUGUUGUGCCUGGUCUGGAUCUCAUCCAGCUGCCAGAUUUCAUUACCCGAGAAGAUCUCAAGGGUGAUGAGUACGAUUACCAGGGAAUAGAUUGGACCGCCCGGAAGACUACUAGGGCUUCGGUACGGAGAGCAAGGUCGCAACAUGAGCGUCAGCGGGUGUCUCAUAGUGUGAAGCAGGUUCGCAAGGUAUGCAUAGUACGAAGAAGUGUUUUCUUGCUCCAGCUACUCCACACCCUGAAGAGAUUACUGUGUUCUACAGGACCGAAUGAUGGAGAACACGUACAUCCCUCCAGGGUGUGGUAUUCUUGGGGGACAAACGAGCUUCUUUAUGUCUUAUGGGGUUCACUGGCUAACUCAUCACAGCACGUCCAUUCAACACCCAACACAGACAGCUUCUUCCAGUUCCGAAGGAUCAAUACCAGCCCCCGUGCCUUUGUACCUCACUUCCAGCUGCGGAAUGUUCUGACGGCCACAUCUCGCAAUGACGUCUACUACGCAAAAGGCCAUCAAGUUCUCCACACAGACGCUGAAGGCACAUCCGAAGACGCCGUCGUUGACCUGAGCAAACACCUGGCUCCCGAUGCAUCGAUCACCACUAUCGCUUCCCACGGCGACGUACUCAUCGCCGGUGCUUUCGAAGGCGAGUACGCCAUCACCAACCUCUCCUCAACCCACGGCUCGCCCUGCACGUUCGGCCGCACCACCGACUUUGCGACCGACACAAAAUCACGCAUAGUUAAUCACAUGCACCUCUUCCCCUCACGGCGAACCUACACCCCACAAGCCGUCCUCUGUUCCAACGACCACCGACUCCGCGUGCUCGACUGCGGCACCAACACCUUCAUCCACUCAUUCCUCUACCCCGCAGCCGUCAACUGCUCCGCCACCAGUCCAAACGGACGCAUGCGCGUCGUCGUCGGCGACUUCCAGGAAACACUCAUCACGAACGCCGAAACAGGCCAACCCUUCGAAACACUGAACUCACACACCGACGACGCAUUCGCCUGUGCCUGGGCCGACGACGGCAUCCACGUCGCAACCGCCGCCCAGGACUCCACUAUCGUCAUCUGGGACGCGCGGUACUGGGAGAAGCCCCUCGCCGUCAUGAAGAGCGAACUCAGCGUCCCGCGCUCCCUUCACUUCUCCCCCAUCGGCUCCGGACCCCGCGUCCUCGUUGCCGCCGAAGCAGACGACUUCAUCAAUAUCAUCAACGCGCAGACGUGGGAGUCAAAGCAGACUUUCGAUUUCUUCGGCCCCGCGGGUGGUGUUUCGUUCACACCUGAUGGACAGUCUCUUUUCGUUGCGAAUGGAGAGAGGCGAUUCGGCGGUAUCAUCGAGCUUGAACGCACGGGUUGGGCGGACAAGACAGGGAGGAGGGGUAGUUUCGAUGACGAGAUCCGCGAUGAGAUCGUUGUGGAUUGGGUGGAUGAUGAGGCGCUGGACAGCGAUGGAAGGGUUCUAGCAGGAGAUGUGGCUAGAAGGAGAAGGCAUGUGGACUUGAGUGAUGUUAUCGUAUAA